AUGUUCUCUAAAACUGGUCGAUGGACUAGUGUGAAGAAAACACGUCGACAUGAGGAUGAUGCGCACUAUAAUUCAGAAUCAGAGCUUGAACUCAAAGGCCUUGACAACAACCGAGGGACAAAGCGUGUUCGAGAGGAGGAGCCGCCCGCAGGUCCAAGUGCAGAGGCAAAGUGUCGAUACCAGGGUGCAUCUAUCGAGAUGGCAAAAUGGAUGCCUGAGCUUGGGUACCUCCUCAAUUUGAUGUUUUCACGGGAAGUUGGACCCAACACACCAUGCCAUUGUGGUUCUGCCCCUUCAGUUCGAUGCCAAGAAUGCGAACACAACCCUUACUCAUGCCGUGAAUGUCUUAUUGAGGACCACAUUCACCAGCCGCUUCACUGGGUUGAAGAAUGGAAUGGUCAAUACUUCGCUAAAUGUUCGCUCUCAGCUAUUGGAUCUGUAUUUUACUUUGGGCACGAUGGAGCCAUUUGCCCCCACACCCCAACUAGUCAUCAGGGGAAGUCACUUUCAAUGACGAUCCUUCACACGAAUGGAGUCCACAGUGUUCAUGUUUUGUGGUGUCACUGCCCCGGCGCUGGUGAUCGUAUCGAUCAGCUCAUGAAAAUCGGGUGGUUUCCAGCUACUCUCAAUAAACCAGAGACAGCUUUGACAUUUAAACUAUUAGAUGAAUUCCAAAUUCAUCACCUUCAAUCCAAGAAAUCUGCCUACGAUUACUUUCUCGCUCUUGUACGCCUCACCAAUGGUCAGUUUCCCUCAGAUGUUGCAAAUCGAUAUCGGGACCUUUUGUGUAUCGCACGCAUCUGGCGCCAUCUUAUGUCAAUGAAGCGAAGUGGCCAUGGCCAUAGCUUGGAUCGAUUUUUGCCUCAUCAAAGUCCUGGAACACUGGGAGCAAGCUGUGUCGCAUGCCCGCAUCCUGGUUUCAAUAUGGCACCAGACUGGAAAUCAACUCCAAAAGAAUAUAUCCAUCGGCUAUUCUUAGCUACGGAUGGAAACUUUCGGUUGCAGCGAAAGGCCAAAGUCAAUGAUCCUGAUGAUUUUUCCCUGAAUGCUGGUCGCGGAUACUUCGCAAAUGAAACCAAAUUUCGAGAAUAUAUUUGUAAGAUUGAAAGGGAUAAGCCUGUUGACUACGAUAAACCACCAGAUACAUGUAGUGGGUUCAAAGCAGGAGACAUGAGACGUCUUACCCAACAGAAGGGAGUUGAUGUCACUGGGAUCGUAGCAGUUGUUUGUGCUUGCCACGCCAUCUUCCGUCCAGGGGCAAUGGUUGAUCUCUAUGUUGGAGAGCGGUACUCACAUGUUGACUAUGCUGUCGCUAACGCCCUAUCUGGUGUACCUCCUGAGCUCACCCAUGGCUGUAGGACUAUGCCUUAUAUACUGGACUGGUCCACCCAUGCCUAUUGCAUAGGGGAUGGAAAUAUCCAGGCUCUUUGGGAUGUGGACUGGUGCAGGCCACCCUACAUGAUAUAUUGCCUCUCUGUAUUUGUUUCUGUAUUUGUUUUCCAGCUGAUUUGUCAAUAUUAA